AGGCAGUUAGAUAUGGAGGGAUAAAGGCCUUGGAGAUGGGUGUCUGAGCAGCUGGGAUGCAGGUCUGGGGAUGAACAUGUUAAGAGAUAUAACACAAGAGUGAUGUCAUGCGUGAAGGCAAGGUCAGCCUGGGCUCAAAACCCCAUCAAAAUAAUAAAAAAAAAAUUUAAAUGAGGUGGGGGAGUUAUGAAAAAGACAGUUUGGAGUUCGGGUACACAGAGCACAGAUAUUCAGCAAGUCAGAGUCCCACAUCCUUCGGGCCUGCAACCAAGCUGCCCAGUCCCCCAGGGGAUCCAAGAAACAUGUGACACCAAAGCAGCCACUGGGCCUCCUGGGGAACUGACCCCUUCUGUCACAGCAGCUGCUGCUGCUGUUGCUGGUGACAUUUCACUGGGUCCUGGCUUCAAAGUCUCUGCAGGGACUGGGAAGGUGGGGGGUUGAAGUAUUGAGGCCAGUAUUGAGAGAGCCAGAGUGGGGUAGCCAACGCUGGAGCAGGCAGCCGAGCCUGUUUGGGAGUCUUCAGCUGAGGUAGCUGAACGUGGGGGACCCAGGAGGAGCUGCAGAAGCUUGGAAGCUCAGGCUUGCAGAGCACUGCUCACCUUCUCCCAGAUGUCCAGCAAGGUGGCCACUGGCAGUGACAUCGGACAGGCCCGCCGGGCAGUGGAGCAGCUGCGGAUGGAGGCAGGCAUCAACCGCAUAAAGGUGUCUAAGGCAGCCACAGACCUGCUGCAGUUCUGCACAGAGCAGGCCAAGAGCGACCCCUUCCUUGUGGGCAUCCCCGCUGCCACCAACCCCUUCAAGGAAAAGAAGCCCUGUGCUAUCCUAUGAACCCACGAUAAUGCUACUCCUAUGACCCUGGAUACCACAG